AUGAUUCUGCGAUUUGCGACUCAACGUCCCCUUGUGGCCAAUCCGCGGAUACGAUCCACCACUACGACUGACCUUGACCAGCACGAUGCAGUCCUCGACUACUACGGAAGACGGCUCGCGACAUGCUCCUCCGAUAAGACGAUCAAGAUAUUCGAGAUUGAGGGCGAAUCGCAACGGUUAAUUGAGACACUGAAAGGUCAUGAAGGCGCAGUAUGGUGUGUGUCUUGGGCGCACCCAAAAUACGGAAACAUCCUCGCCUCGGCUGGCUACGACGGCAAGGUUUUCAUCUGGCGCGAGCAAUCAAAUCAGUGGCAGCGGAUUUUCGAGCACCCCCUGCACAAAGCUUCCGUAAAUAUGGUGUCUUGGUCUCCUCACGAAUCGGGCUGUCUCCUUGCCUGCGCUUCCUCCGAUGGCUCUGUGUCGGUUCUCGAGUUUAAAGACAACAAUUUCUCCCACGUUAUUUUCCCGGCGCAUGGACUUGGUGUAAACUCUGUUUCAUGGGCCCCUGCAACAGCGCCUGGUAGCAUUGUUUCGUCAGGUUCACCAACCCCAGGCGCUAUGGGCCAGCGUCGCUUCGUCACAGGCGGCUGUGAUAAUGCUUUGAGACUCUGGGCCUAUGACCCAGCUACGCAGAGCUACAAGCAGGAGAGGGAGCCGUUAAUUGGCCACACGGAUUGGGUGCGUGAUGUGGCAUGGAGCCCCACGGUACUGCAGAAGAGCUACAUCGCAUCGGCUUCACAAGAUAAGACGGUACGCAUUUGGACGAGUGAUAAUGCUACCCAAGGUCAAUGGUCAUGCAAGGUAUUGAACUUUGACGCUAUCGUCUGGCGGGUUAGUUGGAGUCUGAGUGGUAACGUGCUGGCUGUUAGCGGCGGCGACAACAAAGUUUCUCUGUGGAAGGAGAAUCUUAGAGGCGAAUGGGAAUGCGUCAAGACCAUGGAGGAAUAAACACAUUCAGCCGCACCAUGUACUGGCUGAGAACCAGGAGCGCCCAUGAGAGGCUCCGGCGCAAGACUUCGGUGAGCAGGAAGAAUCUAGCUUUUGCCUCCGCCGCGUAGCUUUGCGCUUGACAAGAUAAAAACAGUUUUUAUGAUGUUCUAAAGCAGGCACAAAUGAUAAUAAACCUUUUAGAUCAUUUCCGAGCGACAUCCCCCGUUCAUUUUCAGGGAAAAGAGAGACUAUUUCCACAAGCUAGAACUUAAUAUCACUUCUGUCUCCUGUUUUCGC